CUGCCUCCAGCGGAGCGUGUGAACAUUCCAUGGCCGGCUGCGGAGCGGACUGGUUGCCGCUCGCCCGCCUCUGAGCGCCCGCAGCUGCCUGCCUGCCUGCCCGAGUGCUUUGGCGUGCGCCAGGUUGGGGAAGGAGCGGCGCCCGCUGGCCACAGGCCGCCGACCUGAACCUUCGCCUCUAGGUUCCAAAGACCCCCCCUCCGGCCAGCGACGAUGUUCCCCCGACUCUUCAGACAGUGGAGUUUCCUGGUCUUUAUGCUCAGCUACGGAGCCCCCUCCUCGGGGAGGUCGCUGGAAGGGAACCUCCGCAGAACCAAAAGAACGGUAUCAGAAUAUCAGCUGUUACACGACAAAGGGAAGUCUUUGCAAGAUAUACGCAGACGGAACUUCCUGCAAAAUUUGAUAGACGGGGUUAACACAGCAGAGAUCCGAGCCAUGUCAGAGGUCUCACCUAACCCUAAACCUUCUACUGUCGCCAAAAACUACGCCGUACGGUUUGGAAGUGAUGACGAGGGCAAAAACCUGACUCAGGAGACCAACAAAGCCCAGAUGUACAAGGAGCAGCCCCUUAAGACACCAGGGAAGAAGAAGAAAGGGAAGGCCGGGAAACGUAAGGAGCAGGAGAAGAAGAAGAGGAGAGUUCGUUCCGCCUGGCCCAGCUGGAGGGGGUCUGGCAGUGGAAUGGUGCGGAUCCCUCUCUUGGACACCUUUGGUACUACACAUGUCAAUGCAAGAAGGCGUUGACAUCUUCAGCUGAGGUCUUUGGAAAACACAUCGCAGUAUUCUGUAAUACUGAACAUAUGGAAAGUAUUAGAAGUAUUUAUUAUCUGUAAAUACUGUAAAUAUAUCAAACUCAACUGUUGGCCCCUGAUGCUUUCCAAAG